GUAAUUGUAAUUCAAGCAACAACCUUGGACCUAAAAACCUUAAAAGAGGAAUCUGAUAUGUAUGAUUUACCGAUCACACCAUUAUUUGAUUCUUUUACUUCUUCAUGUAAAAUAGUGGCAAAGCAAAAAGAUGAAUAA